AUGCUUCGACGCUUCUCUCGCGAGGAAAAGGGCAAGGAUAUCGCCUCGUCGCACCGAUGGAUUCGUGAUCCUCCGAUUCGCCUCCAUGAUGAAGCCAACCCGGAUCUGAUCGAAGCAAAUCGCCUCACCUUGAUCGGAAGAGUCCUUAACCCAAGCGUUCAAAAACCAAAAGCUCUGAUCGGCUUCAUGCCCCAAAUAUGGCGUAUGGAGGAGAAGCUUGUGGGAAGGGAUCUCGGUACAGAAAAAUUUCAAUUCAAAUUCAACUCCGAGGAAGAUCUACAAGCUGUCCUCAACGAAGCGCCGUUUCACUUCAAACGCUGGAUGUUCGUCCUCCAACGUUGGGAGCCAGUUAUCUCUGACGCUUUCCCCUCUCUGAUUCCCUUUUGGAUCAGAGUUCAUGAUAUCCCUUCUCAUUGCUGUACGGAGAAUAAUCUUAAAGCGAUAGGUAAUGCUCUGGGAAAAUAUAUGGCUCACGAUAUAGAAGAAGCGAUGGUGAGAGUUCAAAUUGAUGCUCUGAAACCGCUAAUCAAGAAGAAAGCUAUCCAAUUCCCAUCGGGUGUGGAGGUUUCGGUGGUCUUCGAAUACAUCAGGCUGGAGAAACAUUGCUUUCUCUGUAUGUCAUUGGGACAUGAGAAAGAAAACUGCCCCCAGCGCUCCAAUUCUCAUGAUCCUGAACCUCCAAACUCCCAUAUCAACAACCAACACACGCUGCAGCGACUGGAGGAUGAUCGCCACAAGAAAGAAGAGAGGAGGAACAGGACUUACCCAUCACGACAGGAGAACUCCAAACAGGCUCCACCUCGACAGACCAUGCCUCCCUAUCUUAACCCCAGCGCUGAAGGAAGUUAUGCUCCUGAUCGAGAUUCUCGCCAUCGUUUUCAGAGCCGGCGGUCUCCAAACCCUCCCCGGCGCCAAUCUCACUCACCACCCCGCAGACCCUCUCGCUCACCUCCUCGACGAUCACCUCCCUGGAGACAUUCUCGUUCACCUCCUCGCCGAGCUCCUGCUCGACGACUACCGCGCUCACCAUUGCAGCGACCCAAUGACAGGUAUUAUGCUCCUCCGAACUCCAAUACUAACCUAUCUGUUGAUGGCCGCAGAUUCACCUCCCACCGUGGAGAUUCCACACCUCGCCGUGAGGUUCCCCGUCGCUACAAGUCCUCUGGUUCUCAUCGAUAUGACCAGAGUGAUACGAGCGAUCGGCGUGAAUCCCCACAUGCUACUAAUACGACCAACAGGAAUCUCUCUCGCAAUGGGGACAGAGUCGAGCAGAGCUCACCCCGUGGAAGGACAGCUUCGCAAGCGGAUCUGCAACGGAGUCGCUCCCCUCUUCGAGAACCUCCAGCUUCUCGUCGCAGGAUCCUCUCUGACCAGCCUACAAACAAACACCACUCGUCCAUUCGGCACACCACGUCCGCCUCUAAAAGCCAGGAUCACCUCAAAUCCUCCUCUCACGGGCUUCGACGAUCAGCUCUAGACAGACUAGAAGCCCCGAGAGAUAUUCAGGAGGGAUCUCUUCCUUCUGUUGCUGGCUUGAUUCCUACAGAGGGUGAUCCUGAGUGGGUGGAAAACGACGACCUCUUGGAUCCUCCGGAACGUGUCGAUGAGUCAUACCUCCAUCCUGUGGUUGCGUCCCAAUCCAAGAACAAGUUCCAGCGACACCAGGAUUCCUCCGAGGAUUCAUCUGAAGCUACCAUACCAGAUCUUCCUCCUCUGAAUGGAGAGAAGAUUCCUGUAGCGUUCAGAUUAGGUCCGCGCACAAUACCGGUAAAGCAACGGCUGGAAAUCCCAAAGAAAGCUACCCCCAAACGACGUGUGACGAAAGCUGCGACAAAACCGAGUCCAAAACUCGCAGUGCGUGCAGCGUCCAAGAAGCUUAUGCCGAGCAGCCCAAGUCAAAGCGUACGUUCUAAACGUCGCACCGUCUCGAAGAAAAUCUCUCCAAGGAAGAGGCUCAGCGUGGAGUCCAAAUCACAUCCUCCCUCGAAGAUGUCCAAGGUCGCGUCAGUAUCUGCUUCUAUCUCUAACGUUAAUGCCUCUAAUGGCGAACUUGUAGCUUCUAUCUCUAAGGGGAUUGGAAACUACUUGACAGUUCGACGGAGUCUCUUCCCGGACAUUAUGUUUCUCGCUGAGACAAAAAACCAAGAUGAUGUUGUUUUCAGCGUAUUUCAGUGGAUGGGUUACGAUAACAGGUUUACGGUUCCUCCGAUUGGACUUAGUGGUGGUCUAGCUCUCUUUUGGAAGAAAGAUACACAUCUGGAGAUUCUAUCUUCUUCCCCGAACUUCAUAGACACCAAAAUAAAACGACAAGAGGUUUGGAACCAAAUAUCGGAACUGGGCGCUAACAGAGAUUCGGCAUGGCUUCUCUCGGGUGAUUUUAACGAGAUCUUGGAUAAUUCAGAGAAGCGCGGAGGUCCCAGGAGACACGAAGGCUCUUUCAUUAAUUUCCGUAGCUUCAUAUCCCAAAACGGACUAUGGGAUUUUAACUUCUCCGGUAAUCCCUUGUCCUGGCGGGGUAUGCGCUAUGACCAUUUUGUUCGAGCAAGGUUGGACCGUUCAGUCUGCAAUGACGAGUGGCUGGAAGCCUUCCCUUCAGGGAGAUCGGAGUACCUGCGUUACGAAGGGUCCGACCAUCGCCCCCUAGUUACUUUCCUCGAUGACUCCCGAGUAAAGCUAAAAGGAAUCUUUCGUUUCGACAAUAGACUUCGCGAGAAAGAAGAAAUCAUGACACUGAUUGGCCAAGUUUGGAACAAUUCAGAUCAUGAUACUGUGGUAGCCAAGAUUACGGAUUGUCGCCGCGAGAUAAUCAGAUGGGUCAAAGAGCAGAAUAUGAAUAGCGCGAAACUCAUUUCGGACACUCAGACGGAACUCGAAAGGGCGCUCUCUGCUGAUUCACCCGACCCAGAGGUGAUUGGCCACUGCACUGCUACCCUGGAGAAAGCAUAUAAGGCUGAGGAGCAUUUUUGGAAACAAAGGAGUCGUAUCUUAUGGCUGCAGAGUGGCGACCGCAAUACCGGUUACUUUCAUGCUGUUACAUGUAACCGGAGGACGUGCAAUAGAUUCACGGUUCUGGAGGACAGUUCGGGUACAGCCUUCCACGAGGAGCAGGACUUUGCUCGUAUUAUCUCGGAGUACUUCCAGGAGAUAUUCUCCUCGCAGAAUAACUCCGGCUUCGAUCUAGUACAUGAUGUCUUGGAGCCACAAAUCGACGAGGAGACUAAUGCCAGACUUAUUAGGAUCCCUGACCCCGCUGAAAUCCACUCAGCAGUCAAAUCCAUUCAUCCUAGCAAGGCCCCGGGGCCAGACGGAUUCUCCGCUGGUUUCUUUCACACAUACUGGCCCAUCAUUGGCCCAGAUCUUGUUAAAGAAAUCCAAGAGUUUUUUCUGUCUGGAUCCUUCCCGACUCGACAAAAUGAGACGCAUAUUCGUCUAAUCCCAAAGAUAUUGGGCCCCAGGAGAGUCGCUGAUUAUCGGCCCAUAGCUCUCUGCAACGUAUACUACAAGAUCGUUGCCAAGAUCCUUACGAAACGGCUUCAAACAAUCCUCCCACAUCUCAUCUCUGAGACUCAAUCUGCCUUUGUUCCAAAUAGAGCGAUAUCCGAUAAUGUCUUAAUAACUCAUGAAACCCUUCACUAUCUCCGAACCUCGGAGGCAAAGAAGAGGUGUUUCAUGGCUGUUAAAACGGAUAUGAGCAAAGCAUACGACAGGAUAGAGUGGGGUGUUCUUAGAGCCGUUCUGGACUGUCUGGGCUUUCACCAUAAAUGGAUCAAAUGGAUAAUGGAGUGUGUGAUGACGGUAUCCUACUCUUUCCUCAUCAAUGGAGGUCCGCAGGGACGAGUUCUGCCAUCCAGAGGACUUAGACAAGGCGACCCUCUCUCCCCUUACCUCUUCAUUCUCUGCACGGAGGUGCUAGCAGGCCUCUGCCGGAAAGCCCAGGAUAAUGGUUCGCUGGUUGGCAUUCGGGUGUCCCGCAAUAGCCCCCAAGUUAACCAUCUCCUAUAUGCAGAUGAUACCAUGUUCUUCUGCAAAUCUGAUCCCACCUCAUGUGCAGUGCUCUCAUCUAUUCUAAGACGCUAUGGAGAUGCCUCAGGACAAAGCAUAAAUCUUGCCAAAUCCUCCAUCACGUUCUCGGCCAAGACCCACCGCAACCAGAGAGCAGUAGCGAAACGUAUCCUCCACAUUCACAAUGAAGGAGGAGCAGGAAAAUAUUUAGGACUACCGGAGGACUUUGGACGGAAGAAGAGGGACAUCUUCGCGAGCCAAGUGGACCGUAUUCGACAACGCUCACACAGCUGGGCGACUCGUUUCCUCUCGGCUGCUGGGAAACAAGUGCUGCUUAAAUCGGUACUCGCGUCGAUGCCCUCAUAUGCAAUGUCUUGUUUUAAACUCCCUAAGUCUCUCUGCAAACAAAUCCAAUCGGUUCUUACAAGAUUCUGGUGGGACGACAAACCGGACCAGAGGAAAAUGAGCUGGGUUUCUUGGAAUAGACUUACGACUCCCUUGAAUGCGGGCGGACUAGGCUUUCGAGACAUCGAACGCUUUAAUGAUGCUCUGCUGGCUAAGAUUGGAGCACGCCUUAUUUAUCAUCCCCAUGCUUUGGUAUCGAGAGUGUUGCUGGGAAAAUACUGCCACUCUGCACCCUUUAUGGACUGUGUUCUCCCUUCUAACCCGUCUCAUGGUAGGAGGAGUAUUAUUGCUGGCAGAGAAAUUCUUCGGCAUGGCAUGGGAUGGCUAGUGGGCAAUGGAGAAUCGAUACGAGUUUGGGAGGACCCAUGGCUUAGCGUAACUCUGCCCCUUCGCCCAAUUGGUCCACCUACGCUGGAAACUAAAGACCUACUCGUAUCAGAUCUUAUGGACCAAGUUGGGAACACCUGGAGCUGGAGGCGAAUCCAGGAAGUCAUCCCUGAUUGCGAGCAUCUGAUCCGACUCCUCCCACUCAGCGCCUCUCUUCCGCCAGACAGAUUGGUUUGGUUACCCUCGAAGAAUGGCAAAUAUGAUGUCCGUUCGGGCUAUGGUAUCACCUCUUCGGACCAUAUUCCCGACCUCCAAAGAACUUUCAACUGGCAAAAGAACAUAUGGCGUCUUCGCACCGCACCUAAGAUUAAACACUUCUUGUGGAAAGCUGCCGCUGAAGCCCUCCCGGUUGGUGUCCAACUCGUUAAUCGUGGAAUUCAAAUCGAUUUCGCCUGUAAGAUCUGUGGAGCGCCAGAGACAGUUACACAUGUUAUUCGAGACUGUCAGUUCGCUCGGGGCGUUUGGGAAUUAGCGCCGCUACGUGAACAACACCAUCUCGCCACUGUCCAUGUCCUUGAGUUCUUGGCCAGAAUACCUACUCUGACUAGCCUCCCACCAUCAGGACUUCCUGCGGCUUCACUCCCAUCUUGGAUCUGUUGGAAUCUCUGGACAGCUCGUAACCGACGGAUUUUUUCCGAUACGGUCUUCUCCGAGCAAGAAGUCCUCACGAAAGCGAUCUCGGAUGCGCGCAUUUGGCAAACAGCUCAGGAAACUACACACCUAUCGAAGUGUACCCCCUCUGGAGAGCCACCCACCAUCGUUCUCGCUAAUAUCAGCUGCAGCGUUGAUGCAGCUUGGGACGCUACAUCUCAGUCGUGUGGAUUGGGCAUCGUUUUCAACCUCAGAGAAGAAAACCAAACACUCACCUUCUCGAGCUCUCGACGCCAUGUUAUCAAUCAUUACCAUCAAACGGCAAGGUGA